AUGAGAAUUAGUAAACCACCAGACUCAAGCUGCUUCAAAACCACUGUUACAGUUAAGAAUUUACAAUCACUACAAGAAAUCCUCUCUAACACCGAAUGGUCUCGCCUCAAAACUUAUACUCAACUAGCUGAAGAUUCCCGUUUUGAAGUCUUUAUCAACCUCUCUACAGAUUUUGAAGAACAUGAAAUCGUAAACGUCGUUAAAGAUAUCACCACUAAAGCAGGAAUUACUAUUCACCCAAACUCUAUCAAAAUCGAUGAAAAGGCAUCUCCUUUUAAUCCUGAAGAAUCAUAUUAUAACAUCAUAGUGACUCUUAAAUCUGAUACUGAAGUCGAUCCGUUAAAAGACUCGUCCAAGCUGGGAAGAGAAAGGACAUGCAUGAUGAAGAUAUUGAAUGACUUUACUAUUGCAACCCUUAAUGUGAAUGGAAUCCUUCCAAAGGAUCCCAAUCAAUCAAGUAGAUUGGACAAAAUCAUCCGGCUUAUGGAUAUCUAUCAACUUAACUUCAUGGCAAUCCAAGAAUCACACAUUAACAACUCACAAUACACACGCACUUUUCACCAAAACCUCUAUCGAUAUUAUUCUUUUCUCAACAAUAAUAAUUCUCAUGAUGGAACUUUUGUCCUUACCCAUCAACGUCACAAAAAGAAAGCUAUUCAUCAAAUCCUUAUUCCAGGACGUCUCCAACUAUGCACCAUCCACAUCGGUGGAUGCUUAUUGAAUAUAUUUAAUAUUUAUAACUACUCUGGAAACAGAAAUGAAGAAGAAGAAAAUAUUUUACUCGAGAAAUUAUCUGAAACCCUAUCAACACUAAAUCACCAACCAAUAAUAGUGAUUGGUGACAUGAAUUUUAGUUCAGAAGGAAAUGCUUACAAAGACACCAAGUGGAAAACAUUUAUGGACCAACAUAACCUAAAAGAAAGAGAAACAAUAAUUCCAUCCUACAUCAGAAAAUACACAUCACAAAACAAAAUAUUAGAAACAAUCUCAAGACCUGACCACCUAUUCCACUCGAGUCACAUUGAAAUAGAACAUGAACAAGCUUUAUCACUCGUCACAACAAAUGACCACAUACCAAUCAUGUUCAAAUUUAAAUUAUUAAUUCCAACAACCAGGAAACGAAUAAUCAGCGAUGAGCAAAGUGUUGCAAAAAAACUCGAAGAAAUUUUGAAAUCUCUUCCCGGAUUUAAGGAAUCUGAAAUCAUUACCAAUUUGAAACAACAGCUCCAUAAUCUCCAUGAACAGAAAUUAUCCGAAACAACCCAAGAUGAAUCCACUAUCAAAAGAUCUAUAAAGGAAACAAAGAAACUCAAAGAACAAUAUAACCUUGAAUUUGCGGAAUAUAGAAAAAAGUUCAUAGAUUCCAUUAAUAACAAACACACCAAAGGAAUCCACAACUUCGAUCACCAUCUCAAAUACAAGGAAAUUGAUUGGAAUUCAACCAAAAUAACAAAAGAAGGAGCUGUGAACAACUUUAAAAACAAAUUCACCUCAAAACUAGAUGACAAAACAGAAAUUAAAUUUAAACCAGGUGAAUCAACAGUUAAAGAAGGACCGUCCAACAUUACAAUAACUAAAGAAGAUGUUACGGACGCGUUGAAAAGAAUGAAAUCAACAACACAAGGGGUAGAUUUCACAACAAAACAGAUAUUUGAAAAUAUCAAUCCCAAUAAUUUAGCAUCAGCAUUUAAUGACAUGAUCCAAAAUCAAGACAUCCCAAAAUGCUGGAAACAAGGAUGGGUUAAAUUAAUCGGAAAAAAAGAUAUAAUCACAGACUACAAAGAUCUAAGACCAAUCAUAAUCAUGAAUAUUGGAUAUAGACUCCUAUUCAACAUUAUAACAUUCAAACUUAAAGAUUGGGCCGAAUCAAAUAUCAACAUUAGACAAGCAUUCACCCAAAAUCGAGAAACAACAAAUCACUGCAUCCUCAUACAAGCCCUCAUUAACAAAUUCAAAAAGAAAGGAUUCAUUCUAACCAAUAUAGAUAUUGCUGCUGCAUAUGAUUCCAUUGAACUCAAAAUCAUUGACAUGGCGCUCACCCACUGCAAAUUCCCCCAAGAACUUAAAAACUUCAUCAUUAAUGCUUACUCAAAUCAUCAAAUCCAAAUAGAAUGGAAUCAUACACUAUCAGAAAAAUUCACCAAGACAAGAGGAAUCCCACAAGGAUGUCCUCUAGCUCCUCUAAUCUAUAACUGCAUCUCCCAAAUGAUUAUUGAUAAAAUUAUUGAAAGAGAAAAACUCCCAAUCACUCCACAAGAUCUAGACAUUGAUGAUAUUGCCACACUUUGUUUUGCCGUGAUAUGUCAAUUAUCAAUUCUAACAUUACUCUCCACAACAAAAGACUCAAGAAAAUUAACAGAUGGUUCAAACAAAUAUUCCUAG